AUGGUGUAACGUCUCGGGAGAUUUUUUAUAUUUUUUUAUAUUAGUUUUAAGCUAAUGUUAAGCUACAAUUUUAUAAAGCCAUUUUGAUAAUUUUGAGGUAAAUUUAAAAGUAUCUGUGAAAAAAGGAGAUAAAUUUUCAAGAUGAGGGAAAUCAUUACCAUUCAGGCUGGUGCUUGCGGUAAUCAAAUCGGCGGUAAGUUCUGGGAGGUGAUAUCCGACGAGCACGGGAUCGACCCCAGCGGAGUGUACCAUGGCGACUCCGACCUCCAACUGGAGAGAAUCAACGUGUACUAUAACGAGGGAUCUGGAGGAAAAUAUGUCCCACGCACUGUGCUGGUGGACCUGAAGCCUGCCACCAUGGACACGCUGCGUUCGGGACCCUUCGGGUGCCUUUUCAGGCCGGACAACUUCGUGUACGGACAAAACUGCGCCGCCAACAACUGGGCCAGAGGACACUACACGGAGGGAGUCGAAAUCCUUGAAUCCAUUUUGGACGUGGUUCGUAGAGAAGCAGAGGGCUGUGACCUUCUCCAAGGAUUCCAACUGACCCAAUCUCUCGGAGGAGGCACCGGUUCCGGACUUGGCACGCUUUUGUUGAACCGCAUCAGGGAAGAGUAUCCAGACCGUAUCCUUGUGACGUUUUCAGUAUUCCCAAGCACAAGAGUAUCAGACUGCGUCGUAGAGCCGUAUAAUACGACGUUGGCUGUGAAUCAACUGGUCGAAAACACUGACCACACCUUCUGCUUGGACAAUGAGGCGUUGUACGACAUCUGUUUUAGAACUCUGAAGCUCACCACGCCGACAUACGGCGAUCUAAAUCACUUGGUUUGCGCGACGAUGUCUGGCAUCACGACAUGCUUGAGGUUCCCUGGGCAGCUCAACGCAGACCUGAGGAAGCUCGCCGUCAACAUGGUGCCAUUCCCCAGACUCCAUUUCUACACACCAGGGUUCGCGCCUCUGACAUCGAGAGGGGCUCAGCAGUACAGAGCGCUCACAGUCCCAGAGUUAACACUGCAAAUGUUUGAUGCAAAGAACAUGAUGGUUGCAUGCGAUCCGAGGCACGGGAGGUACUUGACGGUAUCGACGAUAUUCAGAGGGCGAAUGUCGAUGAAAGAAGUUGAUGAGCAGAUCCAGAAUGUGCAGAAUAAAAAUAGCACAUAUUUCGUGGAGUGGAUUCCAAAUAAUUGUAAGAUUGCGGUUUGUGAUAUUCCACCACGAGGGUUGAAAAUGGCAUCGACCUUUAUGGGAAAUACCACAGCGAUCCAGGCUGUUUUCAAGAGGAUGGGUGAACAGUUCGUGGCAAUGUUCAGGCGGAAAGCAUUCCUGCACUGGUACACUGGUGAAGGUAUGGACGAGAUGGAGUUCACUGAAGCAGAGAGCAACAUGAACGACCUGGUGUCUGAGUACCAGCAGUACCAGGACGCCACGGCAGACGACGAGGGAGAGUUCGAUGAAGAGGCGGAAGAAGGAAUGGAGGAAUAGCUUUAUUGGUGUUUCAAUUGUGUAUGUCCUGUUUUGUCCCUAAAUAAAAUCUAACCUCAUAAA